AAGAAGGCAGACAGACCUCAGGCAAGCACGCGUCACACAUCUGCGCGACGUUCGAUUUCUACUCUCAGAGCAAGCGAGACGUCAGAGGCAUGCACUGUGAUAAAGCGCCGAAGGAGAAGCCGCGUGGCAACGCGACCACAUUGAAGAAACUUUUGGAAGACAAGCGAAAGCGGGAGACGUGCUCCGGUUUGACCUCUUACGCCGCAAACCCCACCGCUCUCAUGCUUACUCAGAUGCCGGUGUCAGAGCAACUGACCUGCCAAGGUGCAUCAAGCAGCUACGCAGACUCGACAGCUGUGAGCGCCGAUCACUGGGGGCCAAUCCAGGACUCCCUUCUCUCCUAUGACCCCAACCAAGGCGGACAGACCUUCCCCGUGGGCUAUGACGUCACCAUGGACCCGGAUUUCAACCCCCAGCAGCAUCUCCAGGGAUUUGCGCCUCAAUCCUACGGGUGCCAGAUGGGAGCCGCGGGUCAGAGCACGGUUUCGACUUGGUCCUCUUUGGAGCCAAGUCAGGCCCCUCAAGCCUCUUUUGGGUCGUGCUUGGACGCUGCCACGCUGGAGAAUGCCAGGAUGCUGCUGAGAGAGAUGGACUACGCCAGAAUCAUCGGCCAGGAUGAGGACGGCGACACCAUCCUGCAUAUCUACACCGCUAAAGGUCUGAGAGAGUGGGCCUUCGCCGCCGCAGAGAAGCUGAGGGAUCUGGGGAAGCUUGACGCCAAAGAGCACAAAGGCAAAACUGCUUUACUGGUGGCAGUAACAGCGAACCAGCCGGACAUUGUCAAAGAUCUGUUGUCAUUCGGAGCAGACGUCAACGCUUGCGACGUCAAAGGACAAAACGCUCUUCACCUGGCCGCUCACGACUGCUCGCCUCAGAUAUUACAAGUAAUUCUGUCCAACAGACCUGCAAUCAACCUCGAGGCGAGAGACUUUGAAGGCAUGACCCCUCUGCACCGCGUGGCCAUUUCUCACAGCGUCACCAUGAAGGGUCUGUUCGUCAGCGGGACGGCGAACGUUUUCCUGCAGGCCAAAGCGGCGGAGAAGCUCUCGUGUGUGCAGAUGCUCGUCAAUGCUGGCGCCUCACCGCUUAGCCAGGAAAUCAAAAGCGGCAAGACUGUGCUGCACUUGGCGGUGAAGGAAGGAAACGUCGACCUGCUCCGCUAUCUGCUCAGCAUCCCCAUGUACGACGUCAAAGACUUCGUCAACAUGAAAGCGCACGGCCACACGGCUUUGCACAUGGCGGCCUGUCUCCACGGCGACCCCCGGCAGGAGGAGAUCCUGCGGCUGCUGCUGAGCCGAGGGGCCGACCCCAGCAUCCGCAACCUGGAGAACGGCCUCCCGGCGCACCUCCUGCAGGCCGGAGUGCAAGGGGAGCGGCUGAAAUUACUGCUGAAGAAACGAAGCACUUCGACUCGUCGACGUCCGGCGGCCUCCCCGGACCAGGAGUGAUCAGAAGUUACCGAGGAAUUUUUUUUUUUUUUCCAUGACACGUAUGAAUGUCUGAGGCUGAUUCAAAUUGGAUUUCAACUCUUACUGUGAUUCACUGUUGAGCUGCUUUUCAAAAAAACUAUUUAUAUUUGUGUUAUUUGUAUGAAACGUUCAUAUGGAGGACUUUUUUUUUUAUAUUUCAUAAAAACCCAAAACAACUUGAUGCUAUUUAAAAUAUAUUUUAUUAGAAAAAUAGACGGGUACACACGCACAGUCUAAUGAAAUGCUAAAUGGAGCGCGCCACUAAGCUGUUAUUUUUUUAUCAAAUAUAGUCAAGGAAACUGCACAUUUGUUGUUGCAAAGUGGGGAAAAAAUGUUUUUUUUUUUACAACUCCCUCUAGAUCGGCAGCAAAAUGGAAUGGGUUGCUCCGUGGAGGCUGUCUCACCCUUUCACAACAUUUUGGUGGGAAUUGAUUUGUGAUAUGCUGGCAAACAAACGGCCUCCUAUCAUAUUUGGAUGAUAAAUAUUCAUUUCAAAAUACAUUCAUUGUUGUGGCUAAAAUGUAUACAGUGAAACUUAGCGAGAUGAUCUUGAAACACAUUCACUGCCAUUGACGGUUUUAGACGUAAAUCCAUGUGAAUCGGGAUUUAAAGGCAAAUUAAUUAAUAAUAAUUAAUCUUAUUAUCUCAUUAGUUUGUGCUUGUGUAUCUUAUUUAGUGUUCAGUCAGGGUUUAUUUUCCCUAUUUGGUUGACAAAGUACUCAUUUUGUAGAAAUGUAUUGAUUUCCAUGAAAUCAUCAGUCUGACCUGGAGGACUUUUUGUCAUGAUCGCAUUGACGAUGGUGAGAUGCUGAAUUCAAUUUGCGCAUUUACUGACGUUGACAUUGCUCAGAUUAAAAAUGAGCACACUUGCUUUUGUUCUGUAUGCAUCAUACUUGCGGAUGUAACGCGUUUACUGCGUAAAAGUACUUUUAACUUGUUUGCUUCAUGCCUGACGACAAGUCCGUGCAGAGAUGAGUCGUGAUCUAAACAAGUCUUCAUCUUUGCCGUGUUCUUGUGAGUGUGUACACAAAUGAGCAGCGUGGGGAAAUUGAUGCGCUCACAGGAACGUUGCAACAAAUGCGACUCAGUCGCUCUUUGGGAAUACGUGAAAUUCAUUUUCAAAAAACCAAAACCAAUUCCUGACAUCUUGAGUGUCAUGACC